UCUUUCAACAGAAGAAGCAACAAUAACAACAACAUCAUAGUGCAGUACUGCACAAUUAUGUACACAAAUGCUUCUGGACUUUUGCUAACAUUGACAACACUGGGCUUAUCUGAUGCAUAUAUUUACCCAGCAUUUCUGUUUGGGACUUUAACAUAUCUGUUGAUUAUGUUUUUCAACCUUUUGGUAUUAAUAACGAUUGCCUGGAGUAAAAAGCUACACAAGCCCAUGUUUAUCCUGCUGUUCAAUUUGCCCAUUAGUGACAUGGUUGGUGCUACAGCUUUUUUUCCUCAGCUUGUUUUCAGCAUUGCGUCACAGAAUAGACUGAUAUCCUAUCCUGCAUGUAUUACUCAGGCUUUUUUGAUUCAUGUUUAUGUUACAGGAAACUUGCUGAUCUUGAGUGCCAUGGCAUAUGACAGAUAUAUUGCAAUAUGUUGUCCUUUGAAGUAUAAUGCCAUCAUGACUCCACAUAACUUGCUUAGAAUUAUUAUUUUAAUAUGGUUUAUUAAUCUCUCAUUGAUGGUCACAUUGAUUUCGUUGAAUGGACGGUUCACAAUUUGCAGGACAAAUAUAGUGGAUUUAAACUGUAACAAUCCAUCAUUGUUGAAACUGGCCUGUGAGGACACCCAAGUGAACAACUACUAUGGACUGUUUUGUACAGUCUUACUCCAAGGGGGAUCACUGUUAAUAAUAGUGUUCACAUAUGCACAGAUUUUGCGUACAUGUGUCAUGAAUAAUCAGUCUGAUGCCUGGCGAAAAGCCAUUCAGACAUGUGGCUCACAUUUAGUGGUUUUCUUAAUCCUACAAAUCAAUGCUAUGUUUGCAGUCUUCCUCCCUAUAAAGUACUCCACAGGCCAUCGCUUCCUGUUUGCCACUUUGACCCAGAUCCCUGCUUGA